AUAAGGUUCUUUCUUCUUCAUCUUUUCGCAUUCUGCCCUCAUUUCGAUGUGGUCACAGCGGUGUGGAAUCAAACCCACUACCUCAUGCUUUACAACAGUUUGCUCGAUGAGUCGAAUCAGUGGUUGUAGAUGACAGUUCAAGCAAAAUGUACAUGAUUACUGAAAAAAAAAAAACUGCUGUAGCAAAAGUUUGCCACAUGAAAUCAAAUAACCACCACUAAAUACAACGACAACAAAGGUGCACUCUCAAAAAAGGUUGCAGCCUUUGGGGCUUAUCUUCUCUCACAACUGCAAUCGCCAUCUGCCUUGCUAGCGUUUCCUUUGUUGAAAACUCUGCGCUCGCUACUUUUCUGUCGACAAUGCUAUGUCACGCUGAUAACGCCCAGAGUGACAUAGCACCGAGCGCUCAGCGUUAGAGAAAGGAAAGGUGCGCCAAAUAGAUGACGAUUAUCGUUGCGAUGUAAGAUAAGCCCCUAAAGGCGCAAAUGUUUUUAAGAGUGUGACGACGCUAAAGGUAAAGGUGAUUGCAUCGUCCUGAGCUUUCCGCGGUGAAGAAUCGACACAGCCAGUGAACAGUGAACCCCAGUUUUUAUUGAGCGUCGGUAUUUAUAGCGGACUCUGUCCGUAAGGGGGGAGUGCGCUAUCGUACAUCUGACAGCGGCAUGAUGACGGCUUGCGCCCACUGCUGGUGCGCAUGCGUGCGAUGCGAUACAGGGAUGAUGGUGAAUUCACCAUACUUGUUAUGCAUGAUUCCUAUAAUGAAAUGAAUUAAAUCAACUGAGACGCAAUGAUGACUCACUUCGCAGGAUUACGUAGAAUUUACGGUGGUGUCAGGACUGAACUGGAUACGAUUGUUAUCAGUAGUCGUUAUAAAUCUACGGCUACCUACUUAUACGCUAACCAUCGACAUCAUCUCGAAACCCAUACAGUGAGAAAUUUCAUCUUUAGAAAAAUUUUAGCGGUAGGCUUGAAAUCAUGCGCCCUGAAAGGGAAUACUAUUAAACGGGAAGAUGGAAGCGAAACGGGGCUGAUGAAUGAUCAGGCGCAUAUGAAAGAAUGCACUGCGUGCCGAUAAAUACACGAUACAGCGAUAACUUGUAUCGCGAGCUGUUGCUGCAUGGCAGUGAGUGUUUUGCUUGUCCAUAGCUUUAGAGGAUCUUUAGUAGUGGUUACUAAGCCAUGGCUGAUGAAAUAGGCCGAUGAUAAUGAUGUUGAAUAAGCCAUGGAACUGCCGAUAUUCUCUGACCCUAUUCUACCUCAACAGAACUGUCAGUACAAGAGCCUCAUAAUCUUGUGAAUAUUUAGCUGUCGUAGCGUGGCAGUCGCUGCGCGUACCAGAAAUUCUGAGUAAAACAUUGUGAUGCUUGAUGAGCGUUACUUAUCAAAGGCUCCACGCCAAAACACUUCCCGUUUGAAGAUAGCUUCUCCCGUUCGGUGACACAUUGAGUGCUGCGGAGAGCUUGAGGUAGAGAGAUCCUUUGCAAGGAUUUCUGUUUCCAGCGCUAACUGUUGUGGGAUCACUUCAAUAGUCAUUUUGUUGUCCGCCUCUUGCACCGGUGUCCGUUUGGCUGAUGUCCUGCUCUACACUGAGGGGAAAGAAAUCAAAAACGUAGUCAGCGAUGAAGUCCGACCGGCAGAAUAGGAAAGUGAAAGAAGGAAUAGUCGAGUGGCUCCACUUCACCAGUUUGAGGGCCACCACGACAAUUAAUGCAGUUUUCUUCUCGACAGGACAUGGCUCCGCACGCAUAUGUUAAUGUGUACUCCAACCGAUAUUCGACGAAGCUGUCCAAGAUUCACUACGCAUAAUAUUGCGCUCCUGCCAAUGCUACAACAAGAAGGAAUGCACCUGGAUGAUUAUGAAUGGCGCACAACACAAUCUGCUGCUGAUCUAUUAAGUAGAACCGAGUUAAAGUAAUUCAAAUGAGGCUACGUCCCCAGAAUGUAGGGUAGCCGACGAGAAACUUCCCCUUCUGGUUAACUUUCCUGCCUUUCCAAUCUCAUUUCUCCCUCUCUUUCUCCGUAUAGAAAAAGGAAGUAAGAAGAAGCGGUGUCUGUUCACCACCACAAACCAAGGCUUCCUUAGUCUCAAAAGCGGAUUGGUCGCCCGCAUCAGCAUUUUUUAUUCCAGCCGACGCCAGACGAAACAGUGAAAGGGUUAGAAUUGCUACAACUGAGGCUGGUUAGUCGUAUAUACUUAGUUUUGUACCGCCCGCUAUUUUGAACACAAAACAGAACAGGAUAUAGGCAGGUACGCGAACUAAGGGCUGUUUUAUUUCACACACGUUAGCGUUACAUUUAUAGGAAAUAGGCAUGUAACUGAACUCCCUUGAACGCGAGCAUAACGCAGGCGCAUCUCCGUCAAUUUCUUUUUCUGUGCCACGCGUUAUAUCAGUCUCACCCAUGCUCAUAUUUAUUGAUGGAUUGCUCAAGCAUUCACUUUCACGUGUCCUUAACAUAUGGAAGCCCUCAACAAUCAUUCGCCCCAUUCUGUGUUUUGCGUUCAAAACAGCGUGGUACGAAAAUUACGCGAGUUAUAGAGUUGCUACACACACUAUAAUGGCACCAGAUAUUACGCCUGUGCAUCGCGCUACGGGUGAAACUUGAAUUUUUUAAUGUUUAUGUAUGUGGUUGGUCGACGUGAUCGGCGGGGAAGAAGAAGGAGAAGCUAGACAGACAGCUCCGAGCGCGUGCCGCAACUGUCAGUUGCACUGCGUCACAGCGUAGACGUUCGCCCCGCAGCUUCAGAAAGACGCCAAUCAACUAGCCAGAGGCAUGUCGUCGGUCGACAGCUAUUCCUGCGGCAGCCAGUCCACGCUUUCCGAAGAGACCGAGCAGAUCUGGCCGCGCUACGUCGCCGGACGGCAGCGUGAGCGACGGCUCGACUGCUCCGAGUGCGAAGCGGCCGCCGCCAGCCGUAACGUAGGUCGCAGUGGGAGCAGCGUGCCCGAACGGCGAUCGCGGAGGACGAGAGGCUCGUCGCGACCGGACUCUUCGUUGUCCGUCGUCAACCAGUACGGCGUCGCGGACACGCAGUCCCUGAUCGCGGGCCGAUCCUUCUCGUGCGAGGGCGACGCCCCGGUGCCCAGCGUCCAUUGGGUGCGCGCCUUGUGCCUGGCGCUGAUGGCACUCUCCUCGGCGCUCUUCAUCGGCGCCGUCUCGCUGGCUCUGAUGCACUCGCUGCCGGAGACGUGGCCCACGCCGCCGUCCAGGGAUGCCAAGGUUCACGGCGCCGCCUCCGCAGCCAAUCCAAGCCAGGACAAGGCGGGGCAACAUCCGGUGGUCCAGGAUGCGGCGAGGCUGGAACAUGCGCCGAAGGAGCACGCCGGGACACCUUCAGUGGCCGCUGCAACAACCCGCACAUCCACGCCAACGUCCGCUGGUACAGCUCUUCCAGAAGGCACCGACGUGCAGGUCACGGCCAUUCAGCCCAGCGCUCGGCAUGAGAAGCCCGACCGAUGCCAGCGCGUCUUCUAUAAGUUCUGCUUGAAACCCCGGCGCGAGUUCUUCUUCAACCCGGCGGUCAACGCCUGCGUCGCACUGAGCGGUCGAGCCGGGGCCGAGGUCUGCAACCGGAGCCCGAACCGAUUCUUAACGGCUGUGGGCUGCUCGCGGCAGUGCGUCCGUACUAGGAAACCUGCCGGAAAGUGCUUGCAGACGGCUCUGCUGUCAACGUGUGGCAGGGGCGACGUCGUGAACGGCAGCAACCUGUGGUUCUUCCACAGUCGCGGCUGCCACCUGUGGAGCUUCCCGUCGGGCAAGUGCCCGUCUUGGGACGGCCAGCUGUUCUCCAGCGUGGGCCGGUGCCUGGACGCGUGCGUGCGCCGACGCGCGGGAUCGUACUCCGCGCGCGCCUGCCGGACGCCUGCGCCGGCCACGUGCAACUCCCGGCAGCUCAAGUUUCCUUUCUUCGCCGCCGACUUUGGGGAAAGCGUGGCGCUGCGUUGCCUGCCCACGUCUACGGCGGGCCAAGCCUGGCGCCGGUGUCUGGCUGGCGCCAACCGAUUCAGGACGAGGGCGGCCUGCGAGGCAGCCUGCGUUUACGGAGGCAGCUAGCGUACUGGCGCGGUCCUCUUAAGUACAAGCUGGCUUUCCCGUCUGGCCCCCGUGGGUUCACGUCGCGGGAGUCAAGAAGUUGCGCCCUGCAACCACAUAGCGGGAGUGCCUGCCGUUUUGUAAAAAUAAAAAUAAAUUGCUCAGAUAUU